UGGGUCGGCAAAUUCUGAGGAUGUGACCUAUAUCUCCCUGUGAUGUUUACACUUUGUUACAGUUCUUUGUCUCUGCGAUCAUAACAAGUCAGGAUGUCUGGGACAUAGAGAAACAUCUUUUUCUGUUUUUCUUUAUGUGUAAAGAAACCUAUUUUUAUCAUAACAUUUUUGGACCAAGAAUUUUCGGAACAACAUUUUCUUUAAACUUUUUUUUUAUUUUUCCACGACUCCAAAUAGCCGAGGCGGCUCAUACGGAAMAUUUUGGAUAAGGUAUCUGGUCGGUCUAUAGGGCAGCAGCCAUGGUGUUGAUCCUGGGCAGACGGCUCAACAGGGAGGACUCUGGGACCAGGGACUCCCCCGCCGUCAAACGAAAGGUAUUCGAAGUGGACUCCAAAACCCUGACCGGUAAUGAAGUUCUGGAGUUCUCAUCCGGCUCCUCCCACUCGGAGGCCAUCUUGCAGGUGUUCAACGAGUUCCGYGACAGCCGCCUCUUCACCGACGUGGUCAUCAGCGUGCAGGGCCGCGAGUUCCCCUGCCACCGCGCUGUGCUCUCUGCCUGUUCCUCUUACUUCCGUGCCAUGUUCUGCAAUGACCACCGCGAGUCRCGUGAGAUGCUGGUGGAGAUCAACGGCAUCCUGGCCGAGGCCAUGGACUCYUUCCUCAGCUACGUCUACACGGGCCGMGCCAAGAUCACCACCGACAACGUGCAGUUCCUCUUCGAGACCUCCAGCCUCUUCCAGAUCUCCACGCUCCGCGACGCCUGCGCCAAGUUCCUGGAAGACCAGCUCGACCCCUGCAACUGCUUGGGCAUCCAACGCUUCGCCGACGCCCACGCUCUGAAACAGCUGGCCAGCCGCUGCCGCUCGUACGCCCUGGCCAACUUCCCUGACGUGGCCCAGCACGAGGAGUUCCUGGACCUGAGGAGAGACGAGCUGGAGGAGUACAUCUGCAGUGACGAACUGGCCAUCGGGAAGGAGGAGGUGGUGUUUGAGGCGGUGAUGCGCUGGGUGUACCACAGUGUGGAGCCYCGGAGGCCCGUGCUUAAGGACCUGCUGCACCACGUCCGKCUGCCCCUGCUGCACCCAAACUACUUUGUCCAGACAGUGGAAGGAGACCAGAUCAUCCAGACGGCGCCAGAGUGCUACCAGCUCCUCCACGAGGCCCGGCGGUACCACGUACUGGGCAACGAGAUGAUGUCCCCCAGGACCCGCCCACGCAGGUCGACUGGCUACUCAGAGGUGAUUGUGGUGGUGGGGGGCUGUGAGAGGGUGGGAGGGUUCAACCUGCCCUACACAGAGUGUUACGACCCUGUGACGGGAGAGUGGAAGGCCCUGGCCAAACUCCCAGAGUUCACCAAGUCAGAGUACGCCGUCUGUGCCCUGCGUAACGACAUCCUGGUCUCAGGGGGUCGUAUCAAUGGCAGAGACGUGUGGAUGUACAACUCCCAGCUCAACCUGUGGAUCAGAGUGGCUUCACUCAACAAGGGACGCUGGAGACACAAAAUGGGCGUCCUACUGGGGAAGGUCUAUGCAGUGGGAGGGUAUGACGGCCAGAGUCGUUUAAGCAGUGUGGAGUGCUAUGAUUCCUUCUCUAACCGCUGGACAGAGGUGGCUCCCAUGAAGGAGGCAGUCAGUUCACCGGCCGUGUCCAGCUGUGCUGGGAAACUCUUUGUCAUCGGCGGAGGGCCAGACGACAACACUUGCUCUGACAAGGUCCAGUGCUAUGACCCAGAGGCAGACACCUGGGUACUAAGGGCAAGCAUCCCCAUCGCGAAGCGCUGCAUCACGGCGGUCUCCCUGAACAACCUGAUCUAUGUGACAGGAGGUCUCACCAAGUCCAUUUUCUGCUACGACCCUGCAGAGGACUACUGGAUGCACGUGGUGCACACAUUCAGCAAACAGGAGAGCUGUGGCAUGUCUGUGUGUAAUGGGAAGAUCUUCAUCCUGGGUGGGCGGGGUGAGAACGGCGAGGCCUCAGACACCAUCCUGUGUUACGACCCGGCAACAGGCAUCAUCACCGGGGUGGCCGCCAUGCCUCGCCCCAUCUCCUACCAUGGCUGUGUUACCAUCCACCGUUACAACGAGAAGUUCCUCCACCGACCCUGACCCCACACACACACACACACACACACACACAAACACACAGGCUUAUACAUAAACACGCUUUCAGACACACUGAAAAAAAUAUGUAUUGAGACGCACUCUCUUUAAAAAUGCUGCAAACAGACAUGCAUGCAUAAUCACCCCACUCACACACACACGUUCUGUAUUCAUCUCAAGAAGCAACUUGUUUCGAAAUUCAGACCACCUACAGCCCCAGUUUCUGAUUAAAUUAUUCACUCAUUGUCUUAUGUAGCAACUCUCUCUGUGGUUGGUAUCAUGGAAUUCCUGUUAUGCUACUGCAGAUCCAUCUCUGUCAGUUGUUGUUUUCUGGAGAACCAAAUCACAGACCGUCUGUUAGGCCUCCAGACGCCACAUCGGUAUGUCAGCAUCAGUGUGUAGGCUGUGGGCAUUCCUGGGCCGGUAGCAGCUCCUCAGCUGCUCUUCCUAAGAACCAGAGAUUCUGGUCUUUGAAAGUAAACAAAGUGUUGCUUUUCGAGAUGAUGUAUGUUGUCAUGUGCUGACAGGGAAUAGUGAUAGUAAUCAAGAACAAAGAUCUGAUUCAGACUUGAGAGAAAUUAAUUGGAACCUGGCUCUGAUUGACCAGGGGGUGGUACAGGAAGGAUUUUAAAAGGCAAAAGGUUAUACUCAUCACUCCAUUGGCUGUAUUCCAACUGUCUUAAAAUGGCCUUAAAAUCACUUGAUAGUAUCAUGGAAACUGAUAACAGUACAUGUAUCAUGGAAUGUAUGGGAGUCCUUUUACCUGGAAGCACAGAGGGUAGGGAUGGAAGCUAGAGGUUAAAAAUGUGCUCGAACUGAGUUUCAUGACUUCAAUUUGAUAUGCAGUUAAGCAGUGAUUGUUCGGUAUAAUUAUACAGUACCAGUCAACAGUUUGGACACACCUGCUAAUUCAAGGGUUUUUCUUUAUUUUUACUAUUUUCUACA